UACAAUACCCGUGUUUACAGGUGUAGAAAAAAUAGAGCAACUAUGAAUUAAUUAACACAAUAUCACUUAAUCAGAGACCCUAGGGUAAUGCGCAGAUCACUCCUGUCCCGUGUGUCGCGCAGAUAUGUCACGACACAGCGGUGUUUUUAAAAAGGGAAUAUAAUUCAGUUAAUGGGGUAGAGCAUCUACGUCAUUAUCGUGAUGUACUUUUUCUUUGACCCGUCAAAUCCUUUAACUCGUACCCACGAAGAAAGCGCUGAUUGGGGUGGUAAACAUUCCCAACCCGCUUAAUUUUUUUGUUUUAUUUCCUCAUUCCCUCACCGAAUUUUUCAUUCAAGACAUAUAAAUACAACGGAGUUUUGCUUAACGUUAUUAUCUUGAGAAAAUGGCUGAAGAAUAUCUACAGUUUCUGUAAGUACUUUUUUUAGAUAAUCGUUUCAAAAUUAAAUAAAGCUAGUGAAAUAAUAACUUAUCAAAUUUUAAGAGAACAAAUUUUGGUAUACUAACUUUUAAAGGAAUCUGUUCAUAAUUUUUCUCUCACUUCAUAACACAAAAAUCAAAUAAAUUUUUAAGUAAUGUUCAUUUUCCCUUAUCCUACAGUUGUUUUAUUUUUUUUUUCAAAUUAAAGCAAUAUUAAUGGUUAUUUAAACUUUACUGAAAAAGGUCUAAAUUUGAUAUAUCUAUAAGUUUUUUUAAUAUAAUAAACUUGUCAUCAAAUCAUUUAUGGGUUGCACACAAACUUUCUAUAUUGACAGCGAAGCGACUAGCUCAGCAAAAUCGUUUGACGAGUUCGAACAAAUUUGGAUGAAAAUGGGGGAUGAGUUAGAAAUGGAGGGCCUGGCAAAGCGGCCUUCCACUCCUACCCCAGAAAGUAAGAAAAAUCAGAAAGCAGAAACCGACAGUACAUCACACGUCCCUUUUGAAGGCUAUUCCCCAGCUCACGACUCCAACAGUCUGUCCAACUGGUCGGAAUGCCAGUUCAACGCCAAAGUGGAGGACUCAAUAUUAACAAACUUAAGGCGAACAAACCCGGGAAAAAUUCGUAAACUUGAGAAAAGAAUGAGAGAACCAGAAUUUAAACCACAGUUCGACCUUUUAAGAACCCUAUUGACUAGGGUGAUGUCUGAUUGUGAACAAAUUCAAAUUAUCUUCAACUUUGUUGAAGAUAAACUGAACAAAGUAGACAACCACACUAAAAGGGUUAAGUUCACAACUCUUUAGUUUUUGAUUGUUAGUGUACUGUUUACUGUUAUAUAUUCUCGGUGAACGAUUUUCGAUAACAACUUGUGACUUGCACUUUGUCAUGAUGUUUAUGCAUACUAAGCCAUUUAAAUUUGUACAUGUAUAGCAUCACAUUUUGUAUUGUUUUGUAAUCAAUGACAUUCUUCUGGACACUUGUAUUAUGUGUAUGAUCAGUGACACUGAGAACAUUAUGUACAUCGGUCAUAUAUAUAACUGUU